AUGAGUUCAGUUGAACUACGUAUAAAGAAUUAUCACUACUUACCUCAUGAGAAUGGUUAGUAGAAUCAGGCAUAAACUAAAAUAAUGAAUUAAUAUUAGCAAAAUGCUGAAAUUUACAAAUUUAAUAGGAACUAAAAGGACUCCUCUCAAGUUAAGAGCUCAUUAGCUCCUUCUGAAAACUAAGAAAAUGGAUUGGAUUAUAUAAUCUAUAAAGAUUAAGUAAGCAAAUAUAUUAGCUGCAAGUACCCAGCUAUGCCUGAUAAUGAAGCGGAAAAAAUAAUCAAACCUCCUACUGAGGAUAAAUAUAAAUACAGCUUAAAGUAAUGCUCAUAUCCUAGGAAUCUUACAACAAGAGACAUUAUAGGUGCUGUACCUGGUACUCUUAAGAGCAAGGUUGUGCAAAAUUUUGAAAAACAUCAUAUGAUGAAUGAUCAAAGCAAAUAAAUAAAUAGUUAGCAAGACCAAAAUCUUAAAGAUGACUAUGAAUAAAAUGAUUAUUAUAGCUCUCCUUAAAGAAAUGAAAAUUCUUAAUAAUAUAAUAGUAUUAAUAGCAAAACUGAUAUCACUCCAGAUAAAGAUUCGUAUCCUUACAAAUAUGGAAAGAAGUAUGUUUUCAAUGAAGAUUUUAAUAAAAGGAAGGCUUAUGAUAAAUCUUAUAUUCAGGAAAUAAACUAAAAGCUUCCUGAUAAAAUUAUACAUUCUCCUGAUUUAAAAAAGCAAAACGAGGAUCUUGAAAAUAAUUUCAAGCAAUAUCACUCCAAGAAUGAAUCAAAAACGUUAGAAUCAGAAACAAAUUUGUAAUAUAGAAUCAAUGAAAGGUAGAAUAACAGUCCUCCAUAGAAACCAUACUAUGACAAUAAAAAUAAAGAAGAAAUGAGUAGAAAUCAAUAUUUAAAUAAUGGCUACUAAAAUGAAAAUCAGUAAGAGUUAAACUAGAUUUAAAAAAGCAAAUACGAAAAUUUAUCUGAAGAUGAAAUCUAAAAACUGAUUAAUGAAUAUCAAAAAGGUUAUACUUCAAAGCUAGUUAAUUAAUACUAGGCCAAAAAAUAUGAUAUCAUCAAUUUUUAUAAUAGGGAAGAUUGGAGAAAUAACAAAAAUCCAAACUAUGUCAAAAUAAAAAGCUUUCCUAGAACUAAUGUAUUUACUUUCUUAGAAAAUGGUGAUGUGAAUUUCAAUUCUGCAGAAAAAAGAGUUGAAAAUAGAAAUAAAUUCACUCCUUAAAAGUUUUAUUCAGAUUAAAAGCAAAGACCUUAUUUAGAAGAGGACUAUAUUAACAAUCAUAUGAAUAUAGAGAACGAUAAACUUCCAAAAAUAAUGAAUACCAAUAAAUCAUAUGACAGUCAAUAGCUAAAUAAGCAUCAAAGAAAUCUAAGUGCAGCACAUAAUAAAUAUGAAAAUAUAAGUAACUAUAGUAGUAAUCAAUACGAAAACUAUAAUUUAAAUGAUAAAAAAGAUAUUUUAGAUUACCAACUCAACUUAUAAAAUAAUUAAAAAAAUGAAAUUAUGGAAUCAGAUAAAUAUCAGUAACCAAGUGCUUUAUUAUCAAAAAAAAGAAGUAUAUCAGUUAACAACGCUUCAUAUAAAUAUCCAGAUGACUUCCAUCAAAGAAGACAAUAUGAAGAUUUAUUAGCAGCAAAAGGAGCUUAUACUUUAAAUUAGAAAUAAAGCAAUAAUUAUUAGUCAAGAAGACCUUAUUGA